GUAAAUGUUGCCCAUUGGUAUUCCAUCAUUUACAAUCUAAAACUAUAUAUUCUUAUUUCUAGUCCUAACCAAAAGAAUGAAAGAAAGCAUUAGCCUUUCUCAAUCUGAUUCCCAGCAACAUAAAAUUGCAAGGCCAUCACUCCCAUGGACAGUCAGGCUCCCCGUCUCAAUCGUCUCCACCCUCAUCGACAAUGUCUGUCGUCCUAACGGCACUAGCAACCGCCGUCUUAUCAACUUCCUGGACUACCAGACCCCUCCCAAGCCCGCCAAUUCUGUCUCCUCCACUGACAUCUCCCUUGAUGCUACCCGCGACCUCUGGUUCCGUCUCUACUCUCCCUCCAUCAAUCAACUCCUUCCUGUUCUCAUUUUCUUCCAUGGAGGCGGCUUCAGCUUUCUGAGUCCCGCGUCGCUUCCCUACGCCAUGCUUUGUCGUAAGUUCGCCUUCAACCUCCCCGCUAUCGUCAUCUCCGUCAACUACCGUCUUGCUCCUGAACACCGCUACCCUUCGCAAUACCAAGACGGAUUCGACGUUCUUAAGUUCCUUGACGAAAACAGCGCCACAGUCUUACCCAAAAACGCCGACCUAUCACGCUGCUUCUUCGCUGGAGACAGCGCAGGAGCCAACCUGGCUCACCACGUAGCUGUCGGGGCUUGCCGGACUGAGCUUCGCACAAUGAAGGUAAUCGGACUGAUCUCCAUACAACCGUUUUUCGGAGGAGAGGAGAGAACGGAAGCGGAGUUCCAGCUGGGGGGGCCGUCGUUGCUGGUGUCUGUGCCGAGAACAGAUUGGUGUUGGAAGGCAUUUUUGCCCGAGGGAUCGAACCGAGAUCAUGGUGCGGCGAAUGUGAGCGGUCCCAACGCAGAGGACAUAUCGGGCUUGGAUUUUCCAAAGACGAUGGUGGUGGUGGGUGGGUUUGACCCCUUGAAGGAUUGGCAGAGGAGGUACUACACGUGGUUAAGGAAAUCCGGAAUAGAGGCGAGCUUGGUGGAGCACCCUAACAUGAUCCAUGGUUUUUAUGUUUUCCCACAUUUGGCGGAGGCUUCCCUGCUAGUUCUGCAAAUCAAGGAUUUUAUUGCCAAGUGCACAUCCAAAGUUCCAAACUCCAAACCUGGAACCUUUGCAGCUCCGAUUCAAGUCUCACCUUAACUGGAUUUAAUUGAAUGUGUUGGAUUUUUUAAGUUAUAUGUUAGUUUGUUAAUUUGCGUUUUUCUCUUAUUAAACAUAAUGUAAGUUUCUAAUAACCGACUAUUAUAUGUUGGCUAUGAUAAUAAAUUAUAGCGUCCUAUAUAUUAUAUAUAGA